AUGUUCAAGCCAGCCAUCGGUUUGCUAUUGCUAGCUGCAUUGUGCGUAGCCGAGGUGCCAACGCGUCUCCGCUCUGCUGCACGCCGUCCAAGUGGCGCCCGUGUACGUUUCCUUGCACGCCAACAGGCAGCACCCGCGCCCGCACCAACUGGUUAUCCUGCCGCAGGCGUAACGCCUGAAAUUCCAUUUGACUUGCCCUCAUCAACUGUGAAGCCGGAGGUGACCUACUUGCCACCGGACAACACCUAUGGUCCGCCACCACAGCCUGCUGCUACUUAUGGCCCGCCUGUGCCACACAGCACCUACGGACCACCAACCGAAGCGCCUGCCUCACCUGGCGUACCAGACGCUACAUAUGGUCCACCUGACAACACUUACUUGCCGCCUGUGGAAAGUGCCACCGAAAGCGAUGUGGAUUUGGAAAUUGAUGCGGAGGAGGAGGCCACAGUUGAAGAGCAACAGCCAACUGUACCGCAAUCGGAUGUUGUAGAUCAGCCACAGAAUGAAGUAGAGGCACCCGCUGAAGAAGAGGAUAUUCUCGUCGCGGUUGCUGACGACGGUUCCGUCAUUGCGGUUAGCAACUCUUUUGACGCGCAGGACUCUGAGGCAGAGCAGCCAGCGCGUUUGGUUUUUCAGCGCUUCUCACAAGGUAAACGCCAUACACCUGCUAACGCGCCCAUCCCAGCGCGUCUGGUGAAGUUGCGUCGUGCGAUGUCAGCCAAGGUGCAACCACAGCCACAGAGUUUCCUAUUCGCCUCGCGCUACACCACCUGGUAG